UUUUGGGGGAGAUUUGGACUUUUAUUUUGGCUUAAAGAAAUAAAUUGUAUGACACAAUAGUAAUAACUUGUUUGAUACACAUAAAGAUUGAUUAAAAAUAUAUAUUAUAUAUUUUAAUAUACAAUCCUGAACCAUCACAUUGUUUUAAAAGGAAUAUAAUAUAUAUGUAUCUUGUAGUUUUGGAUUAAAAAAGUUUUGUCACUAAAGAGAAAAGUUUGCAGCCACGUAACUUGCGCGAUGACGUCACCCGCGUGUUCGCCCUCCGCUUGUUUUGGCCCUUCCUUCGCCCCCGCCCCUCCGAGCCGCCGCCGGAGUUAGCUUGGAAGCUGGAGCAGGCUCUGCGCGUCGUGACAAGCCGGCCGGUCGUUCGCCUGAACUUUUCUGAGUGUCGAUAGUGGCUGGACGACGGACGGAGAGUUUCCUCUGGGCGUUCGAUGCGCGGGAGUGCCCUGGGAGCGGCGAAAGGAGACGACAGCGCUGGUUGUCCUGACUGUUCAGCACGAUGAGUGACACUGAUAGCCAGUUCUACAGCGUGCAGGUGGGAGACUCCACCUUCACUGUCCUCAGACGCUACCAGCAGCUCCGUGCUAUCGGCUCCGGGGCCCAGGGCAUUGUCUGCUCUGCUCUGGACACAGUCCUCGGUAUACCAGUGGCAGUGAAAAAGUUGUGUCGGCCCUUCCAGAACCAGACCCAUGCUAAACGUGCCUACAGGGAGCUGGUUCUUCUCAAAUGUGUCAAUCACAAAAAUAUCAUCCGUCUGAUCAAUGUGUUUACGCCUCAGAAGUCUCUGGAGGAAUUCCAGGAUCUGUAUCUGGUUAUGGAGCUGAUGGAUGCCAGCCUGUGCCAGGUGAUCCACAUGGACCUGGACCAUGAGAGGAUGUCCUACCUGCUCUAUCAGAUCCUCUGUGGCAUCAGGCACUUGCACUCUGCUGGCAUAAUCCAUAGAGACCUGAAGCCCAGUAACAUUGUGGUGAAGUCAGAUUGCACUCUGAAGAUCUUGGACUUUGGCCUGGCUAGGACGGCCUGCACUAACUUCAUGAUGACCCCUUACGUGGUGACCAGAUACUACCGCGCACCAGAGGUCAUACUGGGCAUGAAGUAUAAGGAGAAUGUGGACCUGUGGUCGGUUGGCUGCAUAAUGGCUGAAAUGAUUUCUCACAAAAUCCUCUUCCCUGGAAAGGACUACAUUGACCAGUGGAAUAAAGUGAUUGAGGUUCUGGGCACGCCCAGUCUGGAGUUUAUGAACCGACUGAUGGAGACCGUGAGGAACUAUGUGAUGAACAAGCCACAGUAUCCUGGCGUCAGCUUUGCAGAGCUUUUCCCAGACUGGGCCUUUCCUAAUGACUCAGAACACGACAAACUGAAGACGGGUCAGGCGCGGGACUUGCUGUCCAAAAUGCUGGUCAUCGAUCCCGAGAGUCGUAUCUCCGUAGAAGAAGCGCUCAAUCACCCCUACAUUCACGUGUGGUACGACCCAGCGGAGGCUGAUGCGCCUCCUCCUCAGAUUUCAGAUAAGCAGCUGGAGGAGAGAGAGCACACCAUUGAGCAGUGGAAAGAACUGAUUUAUGAAGAGGUGAUUGACUGGGAAGAGAGGAACAAGAAUGGGCUAAUGAAAGAGGAUUGCUCAGAUGUGGUGUCAGGCUCAGCUUCCCAGUCUUCCUCAGCCAACGACAUCUCAUCCAUGUCCACGGAGCACACCUUGGCCUCGGACACAGACAGCAGCAGCAUCGACACACUGACGGGACCGCUGGACGAGAGUCAGUGAACAGAACGGCAUUAGCCUCCAAGUAUCCAACUCUCACAUUCAUUACGUCAAUUUACUGCCUCCUUUCCUGUUCUCAGCUUUUUCUCUCUACUUUCCUCCUUGGAUAGGUCUAUUUUUCUAUUUUAUUUCCCUGGGUGAUUACCUGGAUCUUGUUGAUCCUCUUUCAUCCUGGGCCUUGUUUUAGACUGCUACCUAGAGGUCAAAGCUCCCUGUGCUGUGUGUUGGGUUUUGUUUUGUGAAUAUUGUUUAACUUGAUCAAAUAUAUACAUAUAUAAAUAUAUGUUUUUCAGGUUACCAGAAGUAGGUGAGGGUUGUUGUUUAUCUAUGCCUGUAUUUUAAUAGUUUUAUUUUUUUAGCAAAUAUUAUGUUGAGACCAGAGGUUAUUAUCAGCGAACUAGAGCAAACUCGCACUGAGCAUUUACCACAGCUGCCGGCUGCUCUCAUGCAUGUUACGCCAAUAAGAACAAACGCUAACCAUACGUCAAUCUCACCCAACAGCUGAUGCUCACCUGGAGCUCAAUCGACCUGUCAGCUAGCUCGCAGUAUCUCCACAGUGGUGCUUCCUGCACGGUGUUUAUUUGAAUUCAUUGGCUUGGGUGAUGUGGAUUUUGAGCUUUUACUCCUGCCAGCAAGGAGAAGCCGUGGCUGCAGUGUUAGUUUCAUUUCCUAAUAAUGUACCGUACUGUAAAGAUGUCAAAAUCUGACACUCAUAGAGGCUGUAGACCCUCUCAUGACGAAUAGAGCUUGUUUUGUUAAUAAAGUUAUCAUGAUAUAAUACAGAUGCCCCCGUUUGACAAAAGGUACUCGCACUCAAUGUGUAUAUCAAAAAAACAUCACAAGCCUAUAAAUGUUUAGAGGAUAAAAGAUACAUGUAGUUUAUUUUUGUGUUAAUUGCAAAAUGUUGCACACAAUCUUAUCAAGGCUCAUGGAAAUCAAUCUCCUUGUCAAAACAUGUUAUUGACAGAUAAAUGCAUGGGCUACUCCUGUUCUAAACCAUUCCAUCAGCACUGGGCCAGUGAAUACAAAGGCAGUGAAACACCAGUAAUGGUGUUAAUCUUGCAUGAAGGUAUAAACGAAGCCUACCAAGAGAAAUUUAUACAGAACCGUUCUUGUAUUUACAGAACCUUAAUGUGUUUGGUCCUGAAAGUCUGUUUGAGAGACAUUUUCUUUUUCUAUGUGGUAUCUAAAUGUACUAUUAAGCGCUCUCCGUUUUCUCCUUUGAAAGUCUGAGGAGGCUUUGGGUCUGUGGAGCCGAAACUGGACCCGGGUCAAAGUCGAACCCUGGAAACGGACCGUUGAGCUGCUUUGUUGCAGAACUGAUUGCACAGUUUGAUGGACAUGCAGAAAUAUGACACUAUGGAAUCACUGAGGACUUUUGUACCACCACCAUGUUUUCAUCCUUCCAUUCAUGCCUUAAACGACCCAAGGAGUGGCCGCUAAUGAGACGAGGACUGAGCGUCCCGGUGCUUGUGUUUACCCUAGAACAUGCUUUGUUGUAUACACUGUACAUCUUACAAUUUUGCUGGGUUUGGGUUUCCUUUUAUUCUCAGAGAUUAUUUCCUGUGUGAAUUUAAUGACCACAUUAGCACUUGGCCAACAUUUUACGCCCUGACAACAAAUAAAUUGGACAUUGGUGAAGAA